UUCAACUUUCUUUUUCUAUAAAAUAUCUAUUUUUAUUUGUUAGACUAUAUGGCAUCAAGUAUUAAUCCUGAGUGUAAUGAACUUAAGCAACGAUAUGAUACAUGUUUUAAUAAUUGGUACACUAAUCGGUUUCUUCAAGGUUCUCGCAGUCUUGAUGAAUGUAACGAAUUAUUUCAGGCAUAUAAAGCAUGUUUUAUGAAGGUUCUUCAUGGAAAACCAAUUAUGGAGCUUUUAAAUCAUGCAAGGACUCAAGCACCUUUUGAAGAAGGUGGUAAGCGUCGCACUGAAGAUUCUUAGUAAAUUUUAAUACACCAAUGAUCAUUUCAAAAGAAUGUAUAUGAG